GGUGUAGAGAAAUUUCGUGCGUGCAGGCGACAACACGGCACCCGUUCUGUCUACCUUCUAAAAACUACUAAACUUAUCGCGUUUUCCGCAUUUCAGAAUCUUUCUUGAGGUUUACAUUUCGCGGGAUUGCUCGUGUGUGAUUUCAGUAAAAGAAACAAAUCAAUUAAAGAGAGGGAAUGUGCAUCAAAGUGGUGCAAACAACAAAUGGUUUGUGAGUGCGUCUGAAAAAAUCAAUCAGUUUGUGCUGCUGCAAGGGGCGGGCGGUUCACAACAAAAUGAGCAGCAGCGCCGCCGCCCAGCUGACUGCACCGCCAGUCAGCAGCAACAAAGGCGCCAGCAGCAGCAGCAGUAACAACAAUACAACGACGAAUGCAAGCGAAAGCAAUCUAAUCAUCAUACAGGAUAUGAUUGAUCUCUCGGCUAACCAUCUGGAGGGCUUGCGGACACAAUGUGCUACGAGUGCAACGCUAACGCAACAGGAGAUACGGUGUCUAGAAUCAAAGCUAGUACGCUACUUUUCCGAACUGCUCCUAACCAAAGCAAGGUUAAAUGAGCGUAUUCCCGCUAAUGGGCUGCUCCCACAUCACCAAGCCACCGGGAACGAGUUGCGUCAGUGGUUACGAGUUGUGGGUCUAAGUCCGGAAUCUUUGAAUGCAUUCCUAUCGCGGUACACUACACUGGAGCAAAUGUUGCAGCUGAGCGACGAAGAACUGAAACAAAUGCUUGCCCACAAUCCUAGUAGCCAGCAUGAUGAAGAAGUGCGUCGUUUGACUAAGGCGAUGCAUAAUCUCCGGAAAUGUAUGGAAACACUAGAAAGCACCGGAGCAGUUGCGCCAAAUCCUGAUCCGGAGCAAUGGCACUGGGACUCAUGGGAUCGACCCCAUCCGCAUCACAUGCAUCGCGGUAGCAUUGGCAACAUUGGCCUCGGACUGAACAGCGCCUCGCCUCGCACACAUCAUCGACAACAUCAGCAUCACGGGAAUAGCAAGCCAAAAGCUGGUAGCAGCUCAGCGUCAAAUUCUCGUAGCGAACAGCAACCACUUACUGGCUCACAGAUGACUUUAACAUUAACUCCCUCGCCACCGAACUCGCCGUUCACACCCGCCUCCGGCACGGUAUCUGCCAGCGGAACUCCGCUGCGCAGCUUUAGUACGGCAACAGCUGCUGGCACGCCACCUCCCGCCAAAAAACAUCAAACGUUACUAAUGCAUAACAGCAGCGCUUCGGAUGUAGGAAUAACUGAGCAACCACCAAGGCCGCCGCGUAACCGCUUGCCCACAGAUCCCAGCCCCGACAGCCAUAGCUCGGCCAGCAGCUCAGACAAUUUUGUGGACUCUAGCAGUAUCGGCAGCUCUAAUGUGUUGUUGGUGCCGCCCUCGCCAGGUGUGGCACACGUGGGCAUGGGUCAUACCAUUAAACACCGUUUUAGCUAUUGGUUUGGUAUACGCGCCACCUGCAAACUAUGCCAAAAGCAGAUGUUGAGUCAUUGGUUAAAGUGUACCGACUGCAAAUAUAUUUGCCACAAGUCCUGUGCCCCGCAUGUGCCGCCCUCAUGUGGUCUUCCACCUGAAUAUAUUCACGAAUUUCGCCAAACUCAAGUGGGCGGCAGAUGGGACCCAUCCCAGCACAGCGGCAGCAAAAUGUCACCAGUGCCAAAAAAGAAUACGCUAGGCAAACCGCAAUUACAGCAGCCGCAGCUACAGCAUGGAGACAGCAGCUCACCAAGCUCGAGCUGCACCAGCUCUACGCCCAGCAGUCCAGCACUAUUCCAGCAGCAGCAGCAACAACAACAACUAGGCACGCCCAGUGCCUGCCAGUCGAAGCCUGGUCCUGUUGGUGGAACAGCGGGCGGACAACAGGGUCAGCAAAGUCAAUUCAAUUUCCCGAACGUGACUAUCACUAGCAUCAAUGCCUGCAAUAGUAACGCGAGUGCAGCCCAAACGCUGAUAUCCAAUGAGUCCCAACCACACAUGAGCACAGGAGAGCCUCUGACCAACGGAAACAACAACAGCAGCUCCACCAACAGUAGCCACAGCACUAGCACUAAUAACAACAGCAGCAGCAGCUCUAAUGGCCUGAUCCACUCAUUGACUGGCAGUCAAGCGUCGACCCAUUCGGCUGCUUCGCAAGUGUCGAAUUUGAGCAGUGGAAGCACGGCCACCUAUACGGCCAGCCUGGUGAACAGCGACAGCUUCUUUCCCCGCAAACUGAGCAAUGCUGGUGUGGACAAGCGCACGCCAUUCACUAGCGAGUACACGGACACCCAUAAGUCAAACGAUAGUGAUAAGACGGUGUCGCUGUCAGGGAGCGCCAGCACCGACUCGGAUCGCACGCCUGUGCGUUUGGACUCAACUGAAGAUGGGGACUCGGGCCAGUGGCGCCAGAACUCCAUAUCGUUAAAGGAAUGGGAUAUACCCUAUGGUGAUCUGCACUUGAUGGAACGCAUUGGACAAGGACGCUUCGGCACUGUGCAUCGAGCCUUGUGGCAUGGUGAUGUCGCUGUGAAGCUACUCAAUGAAGACUACCUACAGGACGAACACAUGCUGGAAUCAUUUCGCAACGAGGUGGCGAAUUUCAAGAAGACGCGACACGAGAACUUGGUACUAUUCAUGGGAGCCUGCAUGAAUCCGCCGUAUUUGGCCAUUGUCACAUCAUUAUGCAAGGGCAACACACUCUACACCUACAUACAUCAACGACGGGAAAAGUUCGCCAUGAAUCGCACGCUGCUGAUCGCCCAACAGAUUGCGCAGGGAAUGGGCUACUUGCAUGCUAGGGACAUAAUACACAAGGAUCUGCGCACCAAGAACAUCUUCAUUGAGAACGGCAAGGUGAUCAUCACGGACUUUGGCCUCUUCAGCUCCACAAAGCUGCUGUACUGUGAUAUGGGGCUGGGGGUUCCACAAAAUUGGCUGUGCUACUUGGCCCCGGAACUGAUACGAGCGCUGCUGCCCAGAAAACCGGCUGGUGAGUGCUUAGAAUUCACGUCCUAUUCUGAUGUGUACUCUUUCGGGACCGUGUGGUACGAGCUCAUUUGCGGCGAGUUCACGUUCAAGGAUCAACCGGCAGAGUCAAUCAUUUGGCAAGUGGGGCGAGGCAUGAAGCAAUCGCUGGCCAAUCUACAAUCUGGUCGCGAUGUCAAGGACCUGUUGAUGCUGUGCUGGACGUACGAAAAGGAGCAUAGGCCAGAUUUUGCACGUCUACUCUCCCUAUUGGAGCAUUUGCCAAAGAAGCGAUUGGCGCGCAGUCCCUCGCAUCCCGUUAACCUGUCACGCUCAGCGGAGUCUGUGUUCUAAGCAGCCUACUAUAUACAUUUAUACAUUUCUAUACACACACACAUAAAUGUUAUAUAUGUAAGCAGGCACAUGCACACUGUUUCAAAUUAGCACAAUUUCACGGAAUAUAUAUAUAUAUAUA